AUGAAUGAGAGUUGCACUCUCGCGCAGCAGGCGCAUCUGGUGUGCAAAAACUAUUCGAGCACAAUCAGAUUGGGAGAGCAACACAGCGCCGAGGGCAGACAAAGAGGAGCCCUAUACGCAUUCACGGACACGGUGGACAAAAUAUCGGAACCCUUCACCAAGGAAGAAGACGAGAAAGUGUCCGAAUAUAUUACUAACGCAGAGGAACUCAUCGCCAGUACUACUAACAUGCUUCUUAAGUUGGAAAUGACCAAGGCUAGCCUAGCCUCUCAUAACCUUACAUUUUCAACAUAUACUGGAUCUCAUCCUCCUCCAGAAGUUCCUGCAGCAAAGAUAGAGCUGCCGAGACUACCAAUACCAGAGUUCAACGGCAAAAGCUGGCAAUGGGAUAGCUUCUGGGAGCUAUUCAACGCUACGGUGCAUUCUCUACCGCUCUCAAAUUUGCAAAAAUUCAACUAUCUUGUGAGAGCAUUAAAAGGAGAAGCCCGUGAAUCAAUAGCUCGUUUUCAAAUCACUUCAGAAAACUACCCGCUAGCAGUACAGCAUUUGAAGGAGAGAUACGGCAACGUCCAAAAUAUAAUCACUGGACUGCAUCGACAGCUAGAGCAUUGGAGUGCUAGGAGCCCACAAUUAAGGGACCAACGAAAACUGCAUGAUCAACUGUCGGCAAUUACCGCACAACUCAAAAGCAAAGGCAAACCUCUCGAUAGUCCAUGGUUGCUAUCAAAAAUUCUUUCUAAAUUCACAGAAAGGAUUCAACGCAGCACACUUAAAGAAAAGGUCUCUCUGCCCCAAGGAGAGACCUGGACACUAAAGAAAUUGAUGACAACAAUUGACAUUGUCAUAAAACGCGAAGAAGAAAUUGAACUGCAAUUGCCAAAGAGGAUAGAACGUUCACAACUUCUAAGCAAAACUACAAAGGAACCGGAGUUUCAAAUCAAAGGGCGGUCUCCCUUUUGUUUCUAUUGCGAUAGCAAAGAACAUUGGUCCACAAGAUGCACGAAAAUCGCGGCACCUAAAGCACGACUGGAAUAUUUAAAGAAGACAAACCGCUGCAUUGGGUGCGGAUCAAAGUCCCAUAUUUAUGCCGAUUGCAAAAGCAAAGGCUGUAUUAAUUGCGGGAAAAAGCAUCAUACGUCUACGUGCUUCAAGACAGCACCAUUCAAGCCGCCUCAACAAGGUCCUGUUUCAAAUAUAAAAAGGGAAGAAAAGAAGAAGCCGUCAUAUGUCCGGCAGAACUUCACAAGGGGAGAUAUUCCUUUUGACAUGAGCCUUGAAGGCGCUACAUCCAAGAACACAAGAGCUCAUAACGCUUCGGAUACUCUUAGAUACGGGUCAGAUCGAAGUUUCAUUGAUGCUAAGCUUGCUAAGGAACUUGAAUUACCUAGCCAAGGCUCUGUUACUAUGAAACUACAAACCUUUGCAGCACAAACCACAAAGGAAAUCCAGUGCACCAAAACAUGUCUGAGUGUAUGGGACUCGGAAGGAAAGCAAUACAAACUUCGCGUAUACACUCACGACAACCUUACGAAGGGCUUCCCUCAAGGAAAGUUAGGGAAAGAAGACCUACAAUUCAUUCAUCAACAAGAAAUAAAACUCAGCAGUCCAUGCGAGACAAACGCUAAACCUCCAGAAAUACUAAUUGGCUGCGAUCAACUCUGGAACUUUAUCAACUUUCAAGCAGCACAUUUCACUCUGCCGUCUGGGCUCAUCCUCGUACCUACACGUCUAGGAUAUAUGAUCUCUGGACAACAUAUGAAUCCAUGGGAGCGUCACUGGAACAUUCAAUCUCAUGAUGUAGAAAAGGAGUUCUGCGGUCCUGAGAAGGAAGAAAAAGCUAACAUAAAUGCACAAGUGCUCGAAAACUUCAACAACACUAUAGCCAGGCGAAAUGCUGGUUAUGUUGUUCGACUUCCCUUUAAGGAAGAUCAUGAAUGUCUUCCAGACAACAAAGUAUUAGCGCUCCACCGACUGCGAAACGUGCUUCGCAAAUAUCAACAAGAGCCACAUAUUCUUCAGCAAUAUUACAGCAUCUUUCAAGAUCAAAUUGCUGAAAAGAUCCUCGAAGAAGUGGACGAGAACAAGGACAAAGUUGGGAAGAUGAAGCACUAUCUUCCACAUCAACCCGUCUUCACCCCCCAAAAAGACACUACGAAAUUAAGAAUAGUGUUUGAUGCACCCGCGCAUUAUAAAAACUGUCCUUCACUCAAUGAUAUUCUCCACCAAGGACCUACCAUACUGCCUAAGCUGUACGGAAUUCUAUUACGCUUCCGCACUGCAAAAUACGUUCUUCUAUCUGACGUAGAAAAGGCAUUUCUUCAAGUACAUCUUCACGAAGACGACAGAGAUUUUGCAAGAUGCUUAUGGAUCAGGGAUAUCACCAAACCAUUGACAGAUGAUAACCUGGUGGUAUAUAGAUUUACCAGAGUCACUUUUGGGAUCAAUGCCUCACCAUUUCUUCUCAGCGCAACAAUCCUCUUCCACUUAAGCAAUUAUGUCAAAAAUGACGGAUUAGCUCGAGAAAUUUCGUCUAAUCUGUAUGUCGAUAAUUUAUUUGUCGGAGCAGAAACAAUUCUUGAGGGCGUACAAAAAUAUAAAGAGCUAAAAUCAAUUUUUAACGACCUCAAGAUGAACCUAAGAGCAUUUGUCACGAACCACAUGGACAUCAUGGAUGCAAUAUCCACAAAGGAUCGCUCCUCCAAUCUGUGCCCUAAGGUACUUGGAAUCUAUUGGGAUUCUAUAGCCGACAACUUCUUAUUAUCGAUUAACCUGCCUACGACAGAAUUUGUUAGCAAAAGGACCGUUGCUCAACAAAUUGCUUCCAUCUAUGGCCCACUAGGAUGGUUCAUAUCACUCCUGGUCAAAGCAAAACGUUUCCAACAACUUUUGUGGAAGGAGCAAUAUGAUUGGGACGAACCACUGAAUGAAGAACAUAGACGUCAGUGGAACCUCAUUAUAACAAAAAUAUCCAACUUCCACAAAAAGGUGCCACGGAAAGUCACAUUCGACAACUCCGCACCUUAUACACUGGUAACCUAUUCCGACGCUAGUUGA